CUUUGUCCCACCAUCUUAGCGACGGAGGAGGGUCGGGUGAAAGGUGAAAGUUGAGAGGUGCGAGUUUUGUUGUCUUUUGUGUAAAGAGUGGAGCACGAUCUCGUACAGUCUCUCUCCCCUUUUCCCCGGAUCCUUUUAAAACUCUCCCCCUGGGUUCAUACCCUCCCGAACCUCUCCCCUUCUGCCCUUAACGACCCUCCCCUCCCCUGCUCGCCGCUCAAGGACCACAUCAGAAUUAGCCAGCAAACCAUCUGUGCGAGCUCAGCAGCAAUCUAUCCACGGUCACCCUGGAAUAACACGCACUUAUUUCCUUCUCGCUCCUGUGACCAAAGUCUACCGUUCUUGGCCCACUGGCUCAGCUCCCCUCUCCCGACGCUGCAGAGAUGGACUCCGGUGUGAUUGAAGGAGGGCUAAAUGUAACCCUAACGAUCAGGCUGCUCAUGCACGGCAAGGAAGUUGGAAGCAUCAUCGGUAAGAAGGGCGAGUCUGUGAAGAAGAUGAGAGAGGAGAGUGGUGCCCGGAUCAACAUCUCAGAGGGGAAUUGUCCAGAGAGGAUCAUCACUCUGGCUGGGCCCACCACAGCCAUCUUUAAGGCCUUCUCCAUGAUCAUCGAGAAGCUGGAGGAGGACAUCAGCAGCUCCAUGACGAACAGCCCGGCCACCAGCAAGCCGCCGGUGACUCUGCGCAUCGUGGUGCCAGCCAGCCAGUGUGGCUCGCUCAUCGGCAAGGGCGGCUGCAAGAUCAAAGAGAUCCGCGAGUCUACAGGAGCUCAGGUUCAGGUUGCGGGCGACAUGUUGCCGAACUCCACGGAGCGAGCGAUCACCAUUGCCGGGACGCCACAGUCCAUCAUCGAGUGUGUGAAGCAGAUCUGCGUGGUUAUGCUGGAGUCCCCUCCAAAGGGCGUGACCAUACCUUACAGACCCAAACCUUCAGGCUCACCUGUUAUUUUUGCAGGAGGACAGGCGUACGCCGUCCAAGGGCAGCAUGCGAUCCCACAGCCUGAUCUCACCAAACUGCACCAGUUGGCCAUGCAGCAGAGUCCGUUCCCAUUGGCUCCCAGCAGCCAGGGCUUCACUGCAGGGAUGGACACCUCCACUCAGACCGGGUCCCACGAGCUGACCAUUCCAAACGACCUGAUAGGCUGUAUCAUAGGGAGGCAGGGUGCUAAGAUAAAUGAGAUCAGGCAGAUGUCAGGCGCUCAGAUCAAGAUCGCCAACCCGGUGGAGGGGUCCUCUGACCGGCAGGUCACCAUCACAGGGUCCGCGGCAAGCAUCAGCCUGGCGGAGUACCUCAUCAACGCGCGACUUUCCUCCGAGGCGACUGGACUGGCGACCAACUAGCGCGGGAGCCUACCCCUAACCCCGUCCCCCAUACUCCACCAUCAGACCCCUGGCUGUUGUCACGCAACUACAGGCCACCUACACAUCAUCCACAUCAGUGCAACUACACACCAUCUACACAUCAUCCACAUCAGUGCAACUACACAUCAUCCACAUC